GAUGACUGGACGUUCUUUUUUUUUUUUCCUCCUGAAAAAUAGUGCUAACCUUUAUUUAAACUGUGUGAGCAGCUGGUAAGAAUGAGGAAGUCACCAGUUGUGGUUUCCUCCUUCGUUAGCUCCAAAAUUUAGCACAUCUAUUUGUUUCAAGACUGAUAGAAAGCUGGGAGUUACUGCAUUGCUCAUACAUGAAUGCGCUGCAGCUUGCAGCCUAAAAUCUGGCAGCAUCAAUGGCUGAAGGCGUGUGUUAAUCUAGAAGAUUGUCAUGGAGACUUCGUAAAAGCAGAGGAGUUGUGGGAGAUUUUUCUUCCUGCUUUUUUUUCCCCCCCACUACCAAAGAGCAAGAUGUGUGGGAUGAAUUCACCUACGUGCUGCAUUUAUAAUGUUUGUAGUCCACAAAGGUCUAGGUUCUCCAGAGGAUAUCGAAGCAUCCCAUUAUACUAUUAUAAACCUGUGGGAGUUUUUGAUCACUAUUUUCAGUGCUGCUGUAUAUUGUGGUAUUGGAUAAACUGCUAUGACAGGAGGUUAAGGAGGACAGGACCCGAACAGCUGAACAGUGGAAACGACCUGGUUUCUCCACCCCUGCAUUCUAGAGUGAAUGGCUGGUCUUUACCACUCCACUGCUUCCAGAUUGUUGCUUUGCUGCUAUACACAUACCUGGCUAUUGUGGGAUUUGGGAUCUACAUACCUUUGCUUCCACAUGGGUGGAAACAUACUGCCUAUGCUGUGAUUGGUAUACUUUUUGUGCAUCAUUUAAUUGCUCACUUGAUUGCCAUCACUAUUGACCCAGCAGACCAAAAUGUGCUGGCCAAGAAGAACUACAACAACCCCAUGCCAGUCUUUGAUAGAAGCAAACACAGACAUGUCAUCCAGAACCAGCACUGCUAUCUCUGUGAAGUAGAUGUAGGGCCCAAAGCCAAACACUGUAGUGCCUGUAAUAAGUGCAUUGCAGACUUCGAUCACCACUGUAAGUGGCUCAAUAACUGCGUGGGAGGCAAAAAUUACUGGUUUUUCUUCAAUGCUGUUGUUUCUGCCGUUCUUGGUGUCUUCUUCCUGGUAGUGGUGAUCCUGUAUGUCUUCAUCCAGUACUUUGUGAAUCCAGAAGAACUCCGCACAGCUUCUCAGCUUGAAGGAGCCAGUGGAAACACAACAUGGCUGGCCUUUCUUCCUGCUGCUCCAGUGGAGACCACAGCAGCUGGAAUCCUGGUAAUCGCGGUGAUCACUGUACUCUUGGGAAUUGCAUCACUCCUGCUGCUGGGACACUUGUUGGGAUUUCAUCUGUACCUUUUGGGUAAGAAGCUGAGUACUUUUGAUUAUAUGGCACGGUACCGGCGCACAUCGAGUACGAGGGACCAGAGAGUUGAUUUGGAGGCUACAAAAAAUCCAUCUGACAGAAUGGACCCCCUGCAGGAUAUGUAUUUAGCAAGGCAAAAAAAGGAGUGUGAAGUUCCAGUUACAUCUAGGACCAGGCAUCAGGAAGCUGGACAACUCUCUAUUAAACCCCCAAGUGUCAUAUGCACUGAAACUUCAGAUGUUGCUUCCUUUACCAGUUUGUCUCUGAGUCCACAGACUGUGCCAAAAAGACCCAAAGAAACUACCUGUCACAAUAGUAAUCAGAACGUAGAAGUAAAUGCAGCUGAAACGAUAAACUUGAGAGCAGACUUGCAGCCUAACUGUGACCAAUGGCUAAAUAGGUCUCAUCAGGAAAAUCUCCAUGAGAAUCCCAUGAUGAAUAGCACUGCUCCAAAGCAAUCUACAGACAAAGACAGACUGGCCAUCUCUGAUGAGGUCCUAAGCCCUGCUGAAAAUGGAAGGUCUGAUGCUCUUCUUGAGGCACAGGCUCAGGCAGAAGAAGACACUGAAAUGUCACAGAGUGGAGGUUUUGCUUUUCCGUCAGCAAACAGAAAUGUCUCCCCUGAAACAUUUUUUUCAGACUUGAAAAGUAAUCAAAAGUAAUACUGACUAGAGAAUGGGAGCCCUGGUUAUGAUUGGCUUGUGAGGGAUGAACAGCUUUGACAUAUGUUAUGUCUACUAGAGAUAUCUAUAACACUGCUGAGAGCUGUCUGGAUUCAUCAUUUUUGAGGGCUACAGUGUAGUGGAGGUUAAAAAAAAAAAAAAAAAGUGUGCGGUCAUUUUAAGAGUAGGUUGGCAUAAUGUCUCAGGUAUGCUGUAGGCAUUGCUGUCUACCACUGUCUUCCCCCUGCUUUCUGUUUGUGCUUAUACAAGUUAUCUCCCUCUGGCCCUACCCCCUUUGCUCACUUCAUUACAAGAUGUGAUCGGUGUUGGAGCUGAGAGAGGACUUGCUGUGUCUGAGCUUGUAGCACCUGCUGCUGAAGUGGCCAGUGGGGAGGGGUAACUGGCAGGGAGAACAACGCUGUUCACCUGUUCAGGGAGAGAGAAAAGUGAAGAGGCAAGUAUCAUUUUGAAUGGUAGCAACAAAGGGUACUAGUCCCAAAAGGUGAAGGGAUGGGAUUAGUUUUAUGGAGACUGGAUGAAUGUUCACCAGGAAGAACAUUUCACCUUCAAGAACAUGUUGUGUCACCUUGUCUGUUUUUCAUUACUUGUGUGUCAAACCAUUUUAAACAAAAGAACUAGUUCUUCAUAAUUACAGCUAACAUUGAAAAAAAGCGCAGUUUGAGAAAAGCCUUGUGUUAACAUCUCUUUCUCAAAGCCACUUUUGCAAGAAAGUGGAUGAUCCUUUGAGUUGUGCCUUGAAAAUGAUUCCCCAUUUUCUCAAAUAGUUCCAGGUUUAAUUAUUGAAAAAACAAAAGAACAAAACUUUCUGAUGAGCUUUGGUUAUUGACGCAUUUUAAUGGAUUCUGAAUUUGGUGUUCCAGUUAACUUUUAAGAUAAAUCUUCUUUUAUUUUGAAAAUGUAUAGUUAAGUAUAUUUUGCACAAAGGGAAAAGGAUACAUGUGCAAUGUGCUAGAUGUGGAAAUAUGUAUUUAAUUUAUACAGAGGCGUUUAGCUAACUGACUUAAUUUUUAUUCCUUGCAUGAACUGAAGUGAAGUGGUCUGAAGGGGAAGGCAGUUAUUUAAUGAUUCAGUUCUUUUUAUGUGAAUUGUAAGAAAGUAAGUUAAUGAUGAAACCUAUAAAUAAAGUUCCUAUUUCAUAAAUGAAGAAGAGGGGGAAAUAAACUUGCU